GAAAGAGGAGGGGAAAAGAAAUCUGUAAUGUGUGCGAGAGUGGCACAGAGGGAGACUCUGAGGGGGGAGAGAGGAGAGCGCCUCUGUGAGGGAAGGAGACCGAAGGCGCUUUUGCAUUUUGACUCGGAGGGGAAGGAGGACGGAACGGGGCUGUGUGGGGGGCUUAUUUGGGUACCUCUGACCCAGCCCCGAAAGAUUUAGCCCGCCUUCCCCCCCCCCACCCCCAGGGCGGCGGAAAGAGAACCCUUCUCGCCCCCCGCCCGCCUCAGGCGGGAAAGAGACCAUUGGCUGCGUGUGAGCUGUUAUCCACGUUGAUCCUGAAAUGGCGGGAAUCAGUUCACAAGGAAACAUCAAGGAAAAGAUCAAUGCGGUGCGGUCCAUUGUUCCUAACAAAAGCAACAAUGAAAUUGUGCUAGUGCUACAGCAGUUCGAUAACAACGUAGACAGAGCUGUACAAGCUUUUAUGGACGGCAGUGCCCUUCAAGUUCUAAAAGAAUGGAAUAUGACAGGGAAAAAGAAGAACAGCAAAAGGAAAAGAAGUAAAUCUAAGCAGCACCACUACAACAGAGAUAUGAAAGAUAAAGACGAGGAGGCAGAGAAGGCGACUCUGGAAUCCCAAGAACAGCAGACCUGCCAUCUGAACGGCUGCGAGAAGGAGACGUUUCCUAGCAGAGCUGGCAGUGAAAAAUCGAAAGUGGUUCCUCAAGAGGAGAAGAGCUUGGAAUACAAGGCUAUGGGAGAAGCAAAACCAGAAAUCCCAGGACAAAAGACAGAACUCAAGAAAAUGCUUCUAGAGGCCGAUCGAAAAUUUGUAAAUAGUACGGAGCUCCCAGAGACACAGGACUCUCAACCGCAGUGCAACGUAGGCAGACCGAAGUCAAAAACAUCUGCCGUAAAGCCACCUUUAUCUACAUCCCAUCUUGAAAUAAAACCAGAAGAUUCCUUGAAGAAAAGAGGUCCGAAUAUUGAAAAAUCAGUGAAAGAUCUUCAACGUUGUACUGUUUCGCUAACAAGAUACCGGAUGAUGAUUAAAGAGGAAGUAGAUAGUUCAGUAAAGAAGAUCAAAGCCGCCUUUGCCGAAUUACAUAGCUGUAUCAUAGACAGAGAAGUGGCUUUAAUGGCAGAAGUCGAUAAAGUUAAAGAAGAAGCCAUGGAAAUCCUAACCGCCCGUCAAAAAAAAGCCGAAGAAUUGAAGAGGCUAACAGAUUUGGCGAGUCAGAUGGCGGAGACGCAGCUGGCCGAACUCCGGGCGGAAAUUAAGCACUUUGUAAGCGAACGGAAGUAUGACGAAGAGCUGGGUCGAUCUGCCCGCUUCUCCUGCGACAUCGAACAGCUGAAGACACAAAUUCAGCAAUGCGGAGAAAUUUCUCACCCAAAGAACAAUUAUUCCUCAAGAACACCCUCCAGCGCCCUGCUGCAGGCGGCCUCUUGGCACACAGCGAGGAGCAUUCAAAGCACGUCCGUCAGAAAACCUUUUAGCCGUGCCAAGACUCCUGAUGUUAAAGUGCCAGCAGCCAAAGCCUCUAGUCAAGCUGUUGCCAACGCCACUGAAUCUUCUCCUCCGGUAGCACCAACAAAUAAGCAGAACGGAUCGUCCAGUCAGAGACGAAGAUUUCACACCUACUAUUACGGCGUUCGACUCAACGGGUCUCUUAAGCCACAAAACGCCAGCCCUGAGACAGACCAGAACAGUGCCAGGAGUAAUUCCCGACACGAAUACAGAAGGCAGCACCAUAACAGUUUCAAGCCCAAAAACAAAGGUGUUACAAAAACCUUAGAGCAAUCUACACCAGCAAAAAGCACGGAAAACCUCGCCUGCCCGGAAAAAAGCCGACAGAAACAUCCAGCACCAGCCCCAACGGAGCCCAGAGCUUUAUGCAGUAACAUCGCAAGGGUUUCUCCAUGCAAUUUAUGUCCUCCACGGAUAGAGGCCUCCGUAGAUACUCCCGUCCUUUCAGUGCCAGCCAUGACUUUAGUAGCUUAAAAAAUGGGAGAGACUGAAAAACGUCAUGCUUUUCGUCGUACUUUCUCACUAAAGGUGCUUCCCCCCCUCCACAACGCUCCCUAAAAUGGCUUUUAAGAAAUAUAGAAAUCAUGGUAAACCAAGCUGAUUUUAUUUUGUUUUAUCAUAACCUGCCGUAUCUUGGUUCAUAUUACAAAGUCUUUCUUUGGUGUACUCAACUUUACUUUUUCUCAUAACAGUGCAACUUUUUAGCUAGCCAGUUCUUAGCGGAACAGUCAAAUCGGUGUUAAAAAUUUAAGCUGCAGGAUGUCAGUAUAGAGACAAUAUAGUCGUCGCUGUCCAAUUUGUCAUUUAUCCGUUAGUGUUAGAAGGGAAAAUACCAAGACAUCUGUACUGGUGGCCUGCAAUCGAAAUACUUGUACGCAAACAGGAACUCUUCUCAACUCUGUCCAUAUUCUACAGUCACUAAAUUAUUCGUGCAGAACAGCCAUCUGAAGUUCUGUUUGCUGUGACCUCAUUUUAUAGCCCAAGUGAUCUUCAAUGUUGGUCAUAAAGACCAGCUAAUAAGUAACUUAUUAAUAUUUUUUCCUGUGCUGUAAAACUGGGUUAAAUGCUUGUUUUUGUUUCUUUCAAUUUGGAAUUUAUAUAGUUAAUGCAGUCCAGUUUUCUAGCCUUGUGACUUCUUUUUCUGUGACUUGGAUUCUUUUUGUCUUUCUUUCCCCAAUUAAAUAUUGGAGCUGUUUUACUAAC